AACCAUGCUGAAAUUGCGGCUGCCUACAGAGCAACCUGCACCUCAGAUGUCCUUCAGAAUGUCAAGGAACUCUCCAGCAUUGCUGAGUACUGCAACGCGAGAAAACAGGACGCCCGUCGGGCGGGCGAAGAAAGCGCAGAACUCUUCUUUACUCUGCUAGUAAAGCUCUCAGGAGUGUACUUUGGUAAGAGGAAUGUGGCCCGAUUCAAGAAGCUUGCUCUGUUGUUGGUGUCCUCACCCAUUCUUUUGAUGUGCUCUUACUUUCCUCUGGGCUUGUGA